GAUCGAAAUGGCGGAUGAUUUUGACGUCGAGGCCAUGCUGGAAGCGCCUUACAGAAAGACUUCCCUAAUGAUAUCUCACCUCUACUCCCAUGAAUUCAUCUUUGAUUCCACUGUGAACUGUGAAAAAAAAGGAAGGUAGUUAUUGCGCAUAUACUGAUGUACUGUGGUUCACUUUAGGACUAAAAGAGAUUCAACCUAGAACCAUCCAGUCCCAAUUCGGUUCCAACAAGGUGAAUGCCAAUGGUUGAUGAGCCCAUCUUUAUCUGUCCAGCAAAGGAGGCAGUAUUCAGAUUUACAAUUGGCUUGUUGACUCCUAUCUCCCUUCGUAAUGUCCAUUUAAUUGUGAAUAUUCAUAAGAUUUCACUGUGUGGAGAACAUGUUUAUAUUUUUUUAUUUGUAUGCACUUCCUCAAAUAUUUGAUUACUUAAUUGCACUAGGACAUCCCUGAGCCACAAAGACUUUUAAUGCACUUAUUCCCCUAACAAAGUAUUUAAUUAUGCCAGUUAGGCUGGUUAGUUUAGAUGAAUAUUUUUCUCGUAAAUAUGAAUACUGCCUCUUUCAGCAUCUUGAUUUAAUUGCAUGCUACACAAAACAUAUUACCAUGACAUUUUAGUGAAAUGACUGUAAAAUACAACGUAUUUAGUGUAAUUGUUGUUUAAGAAAAACUUGUAUUUUCAGUAGUUAUUUUUCUUAAGCCAAACAAUUGUAAAUAUUCAUGCAAUCUUCAGAUAAUUUUAGUGUUAAAAGGUGGCUUUUUAUGAUCAUUUUUAUUUAUUUUUUGGGCGUCAGUAUUACUAAGAAGUGUGAAUCCCUGUUUGCUUCAGGGCAAGAUGUGUGACAGAGGUGGCAUCGAGCUCUUACAGUCCAAGAACGAAAAUGGGUGAAGAUCACUGGACUGACACCAACCACACAGGAUCUCUUUUAGUGGCCAUGGGCCAUGCGUGGUCACGUGUUUAGGCACAAAUAGUGGCAUUGGAUGAGAACAAGUCCUAUCAUGCAAAUGGACACGAUGAACACGGCAAGAAGAAGAGAAGGAGUCGGAGUAGGAGCCGCAGUCCAGGCUCAAAGAAGAAGAAAAGCCGUAGCAGGAGCAAAGACAGGAAGAAGAGCAAGAAAAGAAGCAGGAGCAGAGAUAAAAAGCGCAGCCGCAGCAGGGAGCGCCAUCGCAGCGGCUCCAAAAGCAGGGAUCGGGCUGGGCGCUACAAAGCACGCAAGAGCCCCAUUCGAAAACGUUCCAGAAGUCGAAGUCCCUUCAAAAAAGAAAAGAGUCCUGUUAGGCAACCAAUCGACAAUCUGACACCAGAGGAAAGGGAUGCCCGCACAGUUUUCUGCAUGCAGCUUGCUGCUAGAAUCAGAGCUCGUGACCUGGAGGAUUUCUUCUCAGCUGUUGGAAAGGUCAGAGAUGUGAGAAUCAUCUCUGAUAGAAACUCUCGGAGGUCAAAGGGUAUUGCAUACAUAGAGUUUGUGGAGUCGUCUUCUGUACCACUGGCAAUUGGACUAACUGGUCAGAGGCUUUUAGGUGUGCCCAUCAUUGUCCAGGCUUCUCAGGCAGAGAAAAAUAGAGCUGCUGCUGCAGCCAAUAACCUACAGAAGGGCAGUGCAGGUCCUAUGAGACUUUAUGUGGGUUCACUACAUUUUAACAUCACUGAAGAAAUGCUGCGAGGGAUUUUUGAACCUUUUGGAAAGAUUGAAGGGAUCCAACUCAUGAUGGACAGCGAGACUGGGAGAUCCAAAGGAUAUGGUUUCAUAUCGUUUGCAGAUGCAGAGUGUGCAAAGAAGGCGUUGGAGCAGUUGAACGGGUUUGAGCUGGCAGGACGUCCCAUGAAGGUGGGACACGUCACAGAACGUUCAGAUUCUUCCACGGCUAGUUCUUUUCUGGACAAUGAUGAGCUGGAGAGGACUGGCAUCGACCUUGGCACAACAGGCCGUCUGCAACUCAUGGCUCGGCUGGCGGAAGGAACUGGCUUGAAAAUCCCCCCUGCUGCUCAGCAGGCUCUGCAGAUGACUGGAUCCAUACCUUUUGGGGGCAUACCUCCUCCAGCAGUUCCUACUCCUGCAUCAAGCCAAGCCUUGAACCUCCCAUCACAGCCGCUGGCCACACACUGUCUGCAGCUGUCCAACCUGUUUAACCCACAGGCAGAAAACGAUCCUAACUGGGCCUCUGAAAUCCAAGACGAUGUGAUUGAUGAAUGCAACAAGCACGGGGGAGUCGUUCACAUCUAUGUUGAUAAAAACUCUCCUCAGGGUAAUGUGUAUGUGAAGUGUCCCUCAAUACCUGCAGCAAUGGCAACAGUAAAUGCACUUCAUGGACGCUGGUUUGCAGGUAAAAUGAUAACGGCUGCUUAUGUUCCUUUACCAACCUACCACAACCUCUUCCCAGAUUCAGUAACGGCAAAGCAGCUUCUAAUGCCUUCACGUCGAUAGUUUGAGACGUUUUUCAGAAAAUCUGUGUAAAUACAUUUGUUUGCAUUUCAUAAAAAUCUCAAUUGAAGCAAAGAUGCAUUGAAAUUUAGUUGGCUGUGUACUGAUGAAGUGGCCUCACAUUUAUCAAGGUUUUUUUUUUUUUCCUUUUUUGAAGUUGCGUUUCAGAUUUGUGGUCUGUGUUGUAAACUACCACUGAAAAGUAAUCUGCAGAGAUCUAUUGGUCUGUACAUUUUUAAAUAUUGUCUUAUCUGCUCGUUAAACUCAGCCGUUUUAGAUUCAUUACCUUGAAGUUACAGAAUACUGUUGGGUUAAUUGACCUAAAAUGCUGAAAGUAUAUUGAUGUCAAUGGUAAUCCUUUGUAACUUUAUACAGCCAUAAUUUCUUUUGUAUGAAGGCUUCCAAUAAAUCUGGCAAACCUCAGUUCAUUCUUUUGUUCCCAUUUGAGUUUGUCAGGCCAGGUUCAGUUUGUGAUUAAAGUCUUAAUAGCAGCA